AUGGAGAUGGAGGCUGUAUACAUGUCUAGCAAUGAGGAAAGAGGAAUAGAGGGCGGCGUUAAUGGCGGCGAGAAACAAGUAGUGGUGGUUGCUAACAAGAGAGCAAAGAAGUUUUCCGCCUUGGUUUUACGGUUUUUGGCUCUGGUACUUACGCUGGCUGCGGCCGUGCUUCUUGGCGUCAAUAAGCAGUCCGCAGUGGUACCGGUAGUGCUGGUGCCAACACUGCCGCCGUUUAGUGUUGAUGUCACGGCGAAGUGGCAUUACUUGUCUGCCUUUGUGUACUUUGUCGUGGCAAAUGCAAUAGCAUGUGCCUAUGCAUCCAUCUCACUACUCCUCACUAUGGCAAAUAGGGCAGGAAAGAAAGGUUUUGAAAUGAUCAUAACUAUCUUUGACCUAGUAAUGGUGGCGCUCCUCUUUUCCGGUGUCGGUGCCGCCUUCGCCGUUGGUCUUAUUGGGUUUCAAGGGAAUUCACAUGUACAGUGGAAGAAAGUGUGUAAUGUAUUCGAUAAAUUCUGCGACCAAGCAGCCAUUGCAGUUGGCAUCUCCUUUGUUGGUUCAACGUUGUUUUUCUUGAUGGUUUUGCUUGCGACUUUGAACCUUCACAAGAAACAUUAA